UGAGCCACUCUUGUGCUUCCAUUGUAUCUAGAGAUCAUGUUAUUCAUAUCAGUUCGAGUGCGUUGUCGUUUUGCCUUCAGGUCCCGUGUUUGUAAAAAUGACUGAAAACUGGUGUUACAAGUCAGUUGAUUUUGUAUCUGAAUCGUCAAGUCGUGUCCCAGUCACUAGAAAAGCGGACGAUUUAUUUCCCAGAGUGCAGUGCAUGUCUGUUUACUUAACAAAUCGUCGGUAAUGAAGUCCGUGUUCAUGACGCCGAUUCAAAGCGGGACUUUAAUUAAACGCGUUACUAGAAAUCAGACGGAGAAGACGGAGCGCGCGCGCUGAGGGCGGAGUCCCCGCCUCGUUCGGGACACGACUGCGAAAACACGUCUGAGCCGCAGCUCGAGGUAAAAGCUCGAGAACUUUACACAUCGUCCGAUCGAGUUGUCCUUGCUGUUUUUUUUUAAAAAUAAUAUAAAGGGUCUAACACGGGCGAUCACAAAGGAAAGUCAUAUAACAUAUGCUGGAGAACUCUGGAAGAGCGACACGGACGCAGGAAUCUAAACUAGAUUUGAACGCGCACGCGGAAAUCUGGAAUCGAGGAAUCCGAUACUCACGCAGCUAAAGCGUGUUUACAUGCAGCUCCAAACGAUUGGAUUUCUCACAAUUCCUUGGGAAUUGCAGAGGUUCUCCCUUGAGGUUUGAAGGGUUGAUUCCUCUCUGAAACGGUGAUCGUGCCAUGGGGAUCCAUAUCUCUUUCAUCUGUCUCUUUCUCGUUGUUGCUGUUUCGGCAGAAGAUGUACAAGCAUCCGUGCAAGCUCAGAACAAAUCCCUGCCUUUUCUGAUUGGCUGCUAUUCCCGGGAAUUCGUGACAUUUCGCUGCAACUGGAAUGCCGGAUCUUUCUGGAACCUGACAGAGCCGGGCGACCUAAGACUGUUUUACAUGCAUAAGGAAUCAAAGAAUGAUUGCAAAUGGCAAGAGUGCCCAAGUUACAGCAGUGCAGUAGAAAAUGAGUGCUACUUUGAUGCCAACCAUACAGCUGUCUGGUUUCAAUAUGCCAUUCAGCUGCGGUCACGGACCAAUGAUGUUUAUGAUGAAAUGUACUUUUCAUUGGAAGAAAUUGUAUUUCCAGACCCACCUAAAGUUCUAAACUGGACUUUGUUGAGUUUGGGCCCAACUGGAUUGUUCUGUGACGUGAUGGUUAGCUGGGACAUACCCUCCUCAGCAGCAGACAGUGUGAAAAUUGGAUGGAUGACACUUUGGCAUGAGACCCAGUACAGAGAGAGGGGCUCAGAUGAAUGGAAAUCUCUUGACAAUGGCAAGGACACACAGGCGAACAUCUAUGGCCUUCGCAGCAACACCGAAUAUGAAGUCAGAGUGCGGUCCAAAAUGAGGGGCUACAACUUUGGGGAUUUUAGUGACUCUAUCUUCAUACUUGUUUCCAGCAAAGGCUCAAGAAUCCCCAUAAGUGCUGUGUUUAUCCUCAUGGGUAUUGCUAUUGGAAUCAUGCUGAUCCUGAUUGUGCUGUCGCGAAAACAAAAGCUUAUGGUGAUUCUUUUGCCACCUGUACCUGGGCCGAAAAUCAAAGGAAUUGAUCCAGUCCUCUUACAGAAGGGUCAACUAACCGAGUUCACCUCGGUCCUGGGUGCUCACCCAGAUUUGCGUCCAGAGCUCUACAGUAACGACCCAUGGGUGGAAUUCAUACAGGUGGACAUUGACGAACCGACUGAGAUGAUGGAAGGCUUGGACACACCACUCCUGUUCAGCGAAUCCCGUGUAUCUGACUCCCCUCCAACAUCCAGCGGUUUCCUGGAUGAUGACUCGGGUCGGGCUAGCUGCUGUGACCCUGAUCUAUCUGAUCACGAUCACCAUGAUGCUCAUCACCCUUCAACUUUGAUACCCAAUGCUAAUCUGGGAGCUCAGCAAUCUGUGGUUUCUCAUGCUCAGGAACCUGCAUGGCAGAAUUCCAUUUACUCACAAGUGGCUGAAGUCAUGCCGUGUGGUGAGACACUGCUGUGCCCAGAGCAGAAUGUGACUGAUGACUGCAAUAUUCAAGAUAAAACCUCUGAGUAUAAAGAGAAAAGGCCCUGGUUGAUGGUGACUCUUAAUGGUUAUAGUGUCAAUGAGCCAAGCUCAUUGAUAGAAAACAACAGUACUUCACAACAGUGUCAGAACCCCAUUAUAAAACCACAAACAUCAACUGUAUCCCCUGCCUUUCCUAUCCUUACAAUGCCGACUCCUCCAGAAUAUACUAUGGUGGAUGGAGUGGGCUGGAAAGAUAGUCUUCUUUUGAAGACAAGCAGUGCAACAGAGUCUUCUUUUGCUGCUCCAAAAUCUGGACCCACUCCAGAGGGAUAUUGGACUCCUGACCUUCUACACAGCAUUACUACCAAUAAGUAAUGCCAGGAAAAUAUCGGAGAAGGAAUUUGGAGAAAGAAUGGAUAAGCUAUGAAACUGGAUGUUGUUCGCCAUAACCAAACAAGACUGCGCUAAAAACUUGGAACUGGUAGACUCAUUGACUGGUCCUUAUGUUAUAUUGCUGAAACAUUUUAGCUAAAUGGAUUUGGACAAUAUUAAAUUUAUUGGAUAAAAAAGUGAUCUAUUUUCUGAUCUGUAUGAAUAACACAAAUUGUAGAUUACUGUUGUUUACUUUACAAGCUGAUGCCUGACUCUAAUGCAAUUCUCCCGCUAGGUUAAUUCGUAUACGUAUGUUAUAAUACAACAUUUCUAAGUGGAUUAAUGGACUUUAACAUGGAUAGGGAAUCUGCUAAUUUGUUUACAUACAGUAAUGAUGUCUGCUAUCUAACAGUAUGGUUUUUAAAUAGCAUGCAUAAGCUAAUUUUUGCUGAAAGUUAAAAAGACGCUACAUUUUUGCUUACUUUUUGCUAAAGGAAGUUUAGUCCUGUGACUCUAAACUUCAGUGCAAAUAUCGUCUUUUUUGUGUUACUUAACUCUGUGGUUUGUGUUUAUUUUCUUUCAGGUUCUAAUUUGCUGUUCCUAGGCACAGUAAGUGUCAAUAGCUAUGACACACUGUGUGGCUUGUCAAAAUUUAUAUAAUAAAUGUAAUAUAUAGAAAUAUAUGUAUGUAUCCGUGGCGGGCUGUCAGUGCCAGAAAGGUUUUCUCUUCUGGCCUAAACUCUAUCAGAAUACUGACAUAAAUUUUAAUAUAUUUUUGUCCAUUAAUAUGUAUUAAAUUAUUCACAAUAAUCUAUUCUCAUCAUUUCAUAGUCUCUUGGAUAAGCUGCAUCUAGAAACAGCACCGCCGAGUGACUGUAUACGUUAAAGUUUUUAUCCAAUCAGAUUUCAGAUGUCACAUUAAGUAUUGCUUUAAAUCAGCACUGUGAGAACUGUCGCCUUUUUUUUUUUUUUAUUUAUUUAUUUUUUACAAUAAACUCUAUGUUGCCUGAAGCUGUUGUUUUAACCAAUCAGACUGCGAUUUGGCCACGCCAAGGCCCUCUCGCAGACGUCAGCAUUUUCACUGAUUGGAUGGUCAAAGAGCGCACUAGUCAGAGCUUGUAAAACUGCACACUGUAGUAAACUGUACAAGCAUGAAAAUAUUUGUGUGGAUUUAAUAGCUGUCCUUUUUUCAUUUCACAAAGGCUGACAUGAGAAGAAAUUGAUUUGGUUGCAGAUAUACUUUUAAGACUUUUACAAGACAGACUUUUCAAGAAAAUCUGGGCAUCGUGAAAAAAGGUCUGCUUUAUUUGAAACCGUUGUUUUUUUUAAGAUCCUUUAUACUUAUGUAUUUUCUUUUCUUCAGAAUUUACACUAAAUACACAAUCUGGCUUCAUUUUAAAUACCCAGGAAAACCGACUAACUAAGAAAAAAUCCACAGAAAACCUGGGUUCAUUUUAUAUGGUUUAUGUUGAUGCUUCUGCUAGAGAUGUAUGCAGGCAGUGCAGCUGUGACUGCAGUAAAAGAAGACUUUUUGAAUUUUGUUCAUUGGGUUUCUUGCUUCACUAAUGGUGUUCAUUCUCACUGCAUCAGAUACCUGUCUGUGAUGCAGUGCUAAAUUGUGAUUUUGUAUACUAUUGAUUGCUUCUAUAGCUGUGGGAUGAUGAUUUUGAUGUAUUGACAGGUGGAUUGAUUCAGUAAGGUUUCACCAAAAACCUAGGUCUGAACAGCAUGGCCCGCCACUGAGAUAUGUGUAUAUAUGUGGGUGUGUGUGUGCGUGUGUGUAUGCAAUUAAAGUUACCCUAACCAUACAUUUAUACAUUUGUUUUCUGAUUCACUUUUUAAGGAAGGCUCCUUAGUCCUUCGGGUCGAUUAAAGAGUUCGUGAAUCGAUUCAAAGAGUCAAAGCUUUGGAUUCGAUUCAUCUAAUGCAUGAAAAGAGUCUUUUCUUUUUUUUUUUUUCCAUCUGUCAGCUGUGAGAAUCCUGAAUUUACAAGUUACAAUGAAGAAAACGGUCAACCUCGAUAAACUAAUUCAGGAUUUCAGUCUUCUGGAACAACAGGCGUUCUGUUUGUGUUUAUAAGACAAUUACAGAGCUCAGGGGGAAGAACAACAUUCUACAAAUAAAACUGGACGAGGCCAAUAGACUUCUGAAAUUGUUACAGAGCAAGGAAAAACUUUUAUGUGAAG